ACGCUCGUUAUAUACAGAAGACAAUCUGUGACGCACAUGUCGGGCAUACCACGUUGGUAACUACAAUGUCUGCCUGAUACGGAAAAAGCUGCUGUAAACUUGAAGUAGUUGUUGCAUGUACUUGGCUGCACAUAAUUACUUGACGAGCUACAAAGCGUCUUGCUAUUGGCAUCGGAAACACUGGUAGCCAGUAAAAUGAUAGCAGACACCGCGGUCUCAACCAGUCCGUGGGCUGCUGAGUCGAUUCUUUUCAAAGACUUUGAUUUAGCUGAUAUUGGACGAUUGGAUGGAAGGAAUGACCACGAAACUCUGACAUUAACCAACAGUUAUGACAGUGUGUGGAAACAGUCAUCUUUGCUCGGUCACCAGAACCUGUCCACAGGCACCAGUGUAGCUAGCUCUGACUGUAGUGAUGAGCAUGAUCUAUACCUGGAUAUCGAUGGAGAUUUGGACGAGCAUCUUUUUGGGGAUAUUACCACUUCAUUAUUGAACAUCAUACAGGAAACAGAUGUCUCAGACACAAUUGCUCUUGCUCAAGACUUAGACUGGCAAAGUAUCUCCUGUGAUUCCUAUAAUACGACCACCAUAUCUGAGGCUGAUGAUAACCCAAGCACCAGUAGUUCAGAAGGAGACAUAACACCAAAUAAAAGCCACAAUAAAGUCUCAUCAAACUCGAAAUGCCGUUCAGACACAUUUGCUGACAGUAGAAAUUGGAGUUGUCUGCGUCCUGAGGAGCGUGUACAGGUGGUGGAGGACCUUAGUCAUAUUGUUAGUCGGGAACUGGGGCUACGGGAGCAGAUGGAAGUGAUUCGGAUCAUCAACCCUGCCGCUAAUGUAUCACCUACAGACACAGAGUUUGUCAUCGAGCUGGAUUCCUUGAAUGACGAGAAGUUGCAGAGAAUAAGAGAGUGUGUUUGUCGACAUGCCACAAAUCAGUGUAGCCCUGACAGCACACAGCAAGACAAAUUUACUCCAAGCAAAAAGUUUGACAAGAAAUUGAAAACACAGGAAAGGAGGAGUCGACAGAAAGCCAUCCGACAACGUCAAAGGAAAGAUUACAGGCAAAUGCUGAAGGAGAAGCGCAGUGGGUUAUUUGUGAAGGAAGAAGUGCUAUCACUUAUAGUUGAAGAUCCUGGCAGUUUACACGUGGACGAGGGUGACGGAGACGGAGACGGAGAUAUAGACAUUCUGGGAUGACCCUGGUGUAGACUAGCUAGCCAAUUUAAUACACAGUGCAUGGUCAGACUUGUCAUUGCCAGUUUUUAUACGUCAUUGAGACAGACCGAUGUUUGUGUGUCGAUUCAGUCCUGACUUCUGUGAAAUGUUCAAGGCUGUUCAAGGUUUACUAAAUGUAGCAAAAUCAUUUUCCUUCCUACAAUAAAUUUCCCAUUUAUCAGAAAAAACAUUUUCAUAUAUAUACCUUACUUGUACAAUUUUGACCGUUUAAGGGUCACUUGUCAUGUUUGAUGUACCUUGACGUUUGGGGAAAAUGACCUGGAGUAUUCUUAUCUUGACUGUAGGCCUGUUUUCACUGAAACCGGAAUUUUUACGUUUUUUUUUCUUUUCUAUUAUAGAAAUUUCUUUAUGACCGGUAGUAAAUCAAGCGAAUUAUGACAACUGAAUGAUGAACAGGAUUCAUUACUGGUCUCUAAAGGCCCUGUAAGCCCUUGUUUAAGACAAUAUUUGAGUAGAUCUUGAUGAAGUUUACGACAAUUAACAGGGGUCUUAAGUGGAAAGCACAACGUUUCCUUUAAUUUCUAGUUGUAAUCUGUGUUCUGUACCAGCCUAGCAUUUACUGCCACUGCUCGCUCUACUUACUUAUCACUGCCAUUUCAUUACAAGGACAAAAUGAUGAGGUUUACAUGCUUCAUGUUGGCAAUUAGCGGUAAGCGGUCCUUAUGGUUUUGCCUGAAAAUGGGUGACCGUGGUCUGUAUCUGUUCUCAGUUCCUUGGUUCUGAUUAAGAGUGAUGCAGUAGUUCUGACAUGAGCCUAUGACACUGCCAUAGUUAAUAGUAUACUUAAAAUUUUCAAAGAUUUAUAAGGCCCCUUCCACAAGAUGUUCAGCUUCAUUUUCCAAAUAUCAUCAGAAAAAUCACUUUCUUUUCCAAAAUCAUGCUUCUUGUUUGUGAUCAUUUCCAUCAAGUAUAUCAUGAUCAUGAAUGAACAUGUGAACAAAUAAAUUGGAAGUACCACAGUUAAAGGCAGUAUAACUGAUACUUGUAGACUAUGGGGAUCUUUCAGGCAAUGACCUUAUAAAUACCACUAUUGUGCUUUUAUUCAGAGGCAAAAAUAUCUAGAAACUUGUGAACGAGGGAAAUUUGUCUUGCAAAUUCUUAGAAUUAACCCUACUUAUAGUGCUGUUAAGUGUAAAGAUUUGACAACAUGGAUAUGUGUGACAUUCUUGUGAGUGAGCUUCAGUUCGAUUUAGUGCUGUUAUAUGCAUCCAUUCCUUAAUAAACAUGACCAAUCCCUUACAAUGAAGCAGUAGGAAUAUUUAGAUAGCAAGAUAAUUAUUCACGUUGUAAUGGUAUUUAUCACUUAUUGAAGGUAACGUUAUAAAGAAAAGUAAUUGCUUUUUAAUUACUUUUCGUUAAAAUUUCUCUAUAUAAAGACAGUACAGUAUUUAAUUUGCAAAUUGUGGUAUAUUUCGAAAACCAUGGAUAAUAUGGCUUUAUUAAUGAAAUUCAAGGGCAUAUUUCUGGGCAGUAUUCUAUAAAAAGUCAAGGUUUUAAAACUUGAACAUUGCCACAAUUUUUCAAACAUUUCGUCCCGUCUUUAAAAGAUUCCAUAUCGGAGUUGACAUGUGUAUAUGGUAUUCAGAAUCUUAUCUUUUUAUCACAUCACAUAGUCAAAUGUCUAUAAAUUGAACUUUGAAGAUUCUAGUUUCUUAUUGAAAAUUGAAAUGUUCUGGGGUCAUUUUAACACCUAAAAAUUUGCAAACAGAAAUGCAUAAAUUUUCUAAUGACAUUUAAUCCAAUAUGUACAUAGACUCCAAAUUAAUUCUUUUUUGCCUUGUGGUUUGGUUUAAAUGCCAUAAGUUCAACAUCCCCGAGUCAAAUUAACGAUGUUUCAUUUUUUUUUCUUGAUGGUCAGAGAUUAAAACAUCAAAGUUUGACUGUAUGUGAUUUUAUUAAUUGUUACAUCCCAUGUACCUAAUUAUAGGUGCAUAAAAACGUGACAGCCAUUUUAUAGUUGAAACUGUAAAAAAGGUGCAAAACUUUUCUAUAGAAUCACAAUCAGUUAGAGAAAUAUUUUGAUAUUAAAACAUUUUAAGAUAAGAAUGGCAAAUUUAGUGCUGUAAAGUUAGACUUUGUUUUAUGUGGGUUUUAUGAUGCUCUGUGAUUGUUAUAGUAAUCCUUUAUUGUGGUCAAGUGCCAAACUAGUGCCCGAGCCCGACAGGUUUUUGAAACUUUAUAAAAAAAUAAUACUGAGACGUAAUUGUUUAUAUUUGCUUAAUAUAUAUAUAUGACGUUUGUGAUGUUUAAAAUUGUAAGUAAUUGCUUUAUGAAGUAUAGUGCUAAAUGAAAUAGUUCAAUCAUGAUGGCUUGAUUACCUCCCUUUAUUUGAGCUAAUUUACUUCUAUGCUAAAUGAAUAAUUCUGCCAUAUUUUACAAGAGAUUGGCCAGAAAGCUAAAGAGAUGGUGUUUCUUAAAUGCUGGUGUUAUCUUAACCCCUACAACAAAGUUUGAGGGCAUUUUAUUGCUCAUUUAUGGACAGAAAAGUAUCCGCCACAAUGCUGCUUUUGUUAUUUUCUUAACAAGUUUUUGAGUCUUCAUACACAUGAUCAGUACCAUAGAUAGGUGUGGUUUAAUACUUUCAUUUCGAUGCUUUUCUUGAGAGUUAAGCUCCUUCCCUGAUAUCCAUUUAAUGUGAAUUUUAUUUGAAUAACUGCUACUUUGGUACCUUCUUGACCUCUGUACACAUGAUCAGUGUGAUAUACAAAUUUUAUUUUAUCUAUUUGAUAGAACUAUUGCUCUUUUUGCAAUUCCUUUUGAUAAAUUGUGUCUUGAGUUAAGCUACUAAUCUUCUUGUGUGAUGUUAAUGAGACUUAAUAAACAUUAUCAGUAGUUUUGAUUUGCAAUUUCUUACAGUUUAUGAAAUUUUAUAAGAGUUAUUUCCCAUUCCUUAUCUGAUUAUUUCGUUUUGAUCCUUCUUCAUGCCUUGGACCCUAAAUUCAUAUACCUGGUUAUUUCCCAAAAAAUACCUCGUCUCUUAACAGCUAAAUGGGUGGAUGUAAUACAUGUAGUGGGCAUGAGCUUAUACGAAUAAAACACAAAAUAAUUCUGGCUUGGAGAUUUGUGUCUCACUAGAUGAUGGUUCAGUAAGAAUAAAUUAGCAAUGAUGGUUUCAUACUCUGUUUAUGGGGGAGGGUUUGGGGCUGCAUAUAGUAUUACACCUUUCUGUCCCGAUUAAUUGUCAUGACUCUGCCAACUUUAUUUCUGAAAUGAUUGUCAUCAAAGUUUAUAUGAAGUUCAAAAAUCAGAAUACCUCAAGUGAGUCCGUAUUUCAAAGUCCCAAGAAUGAUGCCAAAGUCACUGUUAUGUAUAGUUCAACCACACGGGGCAUGGGGGCAUCCUUCUCUUACACACAUGUUCUAGUUCGUUUCUCCAAUAUACUGGUACAAUAUACACAAGCAUUGAAAUUGUUAUGUCUCAAGGUGAUUAUGCAUAUACAUGUAUUAAAAAGGAAGGAUGUAUGCAUCAAUCUGCCUUACAAAUUUCAUUUUCAUCCCUGUAUAUUUGAUAUUUUUGUUGAUUUGUGUAGUCAUGUCUACAUACCCUAAUGAAUUUCUCUUUUUCCAUGUUAAACAUCGUGGUCUGUUUUUAUGAAUGUUGUCAAUGAGAAGCCUUACCAUGCCUACCCAACAAGAUUUGUUUGUAGUUCAGUAUGCCCUAGAUGUGUUCAGCAAGUCUGAGACAUCAUUUUCAUGUAUUUGGAUUUCAUUGUAUUCAGAUGGGGGGAAAAAGUCUUGAUUGAUGAAAUUUAAAAGUCGGAAACAUCAUUUUCAUUUAACUGGAUUGUAUU